AUGGACUCAGUUACAGAUUCUGGUGGACGAGCAACGCGUGUUUUGCGUAAGCGUGUUGCAUCCAUUGAUAGCGACAACACCAGCAGGCCUGGAACCCCCGUUCAAAGUAAACUAACAGCGGCAGCAAGCGCAAAGGCAUCUACCGAUUCACCCCUGAAGCCACGCAUGACACGCCGAAAUUCUACAUCGGGUGUUGCAACUCCUGUUAAAACCCCGGCAAAACCCCGUGUUGGCACUAUCGCCACAAUAACCGAGUCGGAGGCUAAAACUACCGCCGCCGCCUCACCAGCCAGACGUACAACAAGGCGACGCAGCACAUCGUCCGUGGAUGCGGAUGUACCCGCAGCAACAACUGCUUCCAAGGCUCCUAAUUUUGAUACCUUAACCGAAGAGCAGGAGUCGACGACACAAAGCCGUAUCACCAGGUCCAAAUCGAAAUCUCCACAACAAAUAAAAUCCGAGCCGACAAGUAAGGUGGUUGUAUUAGUCGCCAGAUCUGCUACUACGAGUACACGGAAAUCUUUGAGAGGUUUGUCGGUGGCCAAGGUGGAAAAUGAAAUUGUCGAAGAAAAGAAGACUGUUGCUAAAAAAUCUCCUCUAAGAGGAACCAAGGCGGCUACAGCCAAGAAAUCCAAUGAUAUAGACCAACUGGAAAAUAUUGAUCCACUGGCGGCUAAAAAACAACAACAAGAAACAUCUUCCAAUGUUGUUGCCGAAAAGGAGGCGAAGGAGGAGGAGGAGGCUGCAUUAAGAAAAGCCCAAGAGAAGGUGGCUGCUGCUGAGAAGCCAGAAUAUAUUUCCUCAAAGUCUCAGGAAGAGGAGGCUAAGGAAACUGCUAACUCCGAAAAAGAAAUGGAAGUUACAAAGGAAAAAGAAUUAACAAGGGAGAAUGAAAAAGAGGAGGCAACCACGGAAGCCAAACAGCCAAAGGAUGUGGAAAUGGAGAUCACGGAAACAGAGCUUACAAAAGAGUCAGCUGAGAAUGAUGAAGCAGCUCAGCCAAAGGACCAACAAAAGGAUGAGGAAGAGCAGCAGGAAAAUAAUUUCCAAAAAGAUGGGGAAGAGCAGCCGAAAGAUCAUCAAAAGGAUGAUGAUGAUGAGGAACAUCAAAAGGAUGACAAAAUGGCUGACAAUGAGGCGGAGAAAAUUACAAAUGAAGAGGACAAAAGUACAGAAGAUCCCACAGAAUCACGGGUCAUUGCUGAUAAGGUAAAUGCUGGAAAUGUGUCAGCCUCCACAGAACCAAAUAAAGAAAAAUCCAUAUUGGUGGAAAAUAAUGAGAAUAAAGAAGAUGAUGAAGCAAAGACAGCUGCUGAAGAAGCCACCAAUGAAGGACCCACAACGCAAAAAUCCAACUUGGAUCAAUCCUGUAGUAUAUUACCCAUGGAUGAAGAUGAUCAAUCCAUUAUGGUACCUGAAACUCAAGCUGAAGAACAGCAGGAGGGGGAGGAACAGGAAACGGCCAUUGAAAAGGAAACAACCACAACAGAAGCUAACACCAGCGAAAAAGCUGAUGAACAUGACGAAGAAGUUGAGCAUAAGCCCGAGGUGAAUGAAGAUGAAGCCCACCAGGAUAUCAGCAACACCAUAGGCGAAGAAAAAUCUAAUAACAUUUCCGUUAAGGAUGAAAUACCAGAUGACCAUACUACCACUGCAUCCAACCCAGAUGAUGUUCUUCCCAUGGACGAAGAUGAACCCAUGGAAAUGGAUGAACCGGCGGGGGAGGAAGAGGAGGUUUGCAAAACACCCUCACCCAAGAAAAGAAAAUCUUUGUCCAAGGUGCAAAUUGCCACGCCCAUACAAAGCUCGGCAAAGCCCCGAGCGGUAGCAUUCAAUUCGGUGGGCUCCGAUGAUGAAUGUGAAAAGAGUAUUUACCCGAAGACUCCGGGAAGUGCCAAGAGUAAAAGUUUCAUUGAAUUGGAUAGUUCAUUCCAGAAGGAGGAUGGUGAUGAUGAUUCGGUGGUAAGUGUAGAUGAUGGCAGUGAUGAUGAGGUUAUUCCCGAAACCCAACAACCGGUAAAAGAGAAUAACAAGAAGAAACUCCACUCACCACCUCCCAAGAAGAAGUCCUCCUCCUCCAGGAUGGAAACCAAAAUUGAAAUGGAAACUGAAGAGGAGGAGGAUGUCAAUAUGGAAGAUGAUACAGCAGAGGCUAAUGAUCAACAACAAAAAGAGCAGCAAGAAAAACAGGAAUUGGAUAAGGAAGGGGAAGAAGAUAAACCUUCUAAAGCCAAUACCAGCAGCAUUCGAAAAUCGGAAUCAGAAUCCACAACCACAUCCACGAAAUCUUCCCUAAAUUCUUCCACUAGGAAAGAGGAAAAUGAAACCAACUUAAAAUGGUGUAAUCCAAGUGUGGCCAGCAAAGGCACCAAGCUUGAUACCAUAGCAGCACCGGAGGAAACUAAAAAGGAUUCAGCGGUUGCAUCCUCAAAGGCUGAAAAAUCAAAAAGGAAAAAACAAAAAUAUCUCAAACGUGAUGAAUGGAAUUCCGAUGAUGAAGAUGUUCCCGCCGAUGAUGAUGAUGAACCAUUGAUAGAUGAGGACGAUGAUGAGGUUGACGAUGAAGCCCCCUAUCGCCGCAAACAUUCCUUCCAUGAUGAUGAAGCCAUGGUGGCUGAAGAUUAUGAAAGUGGCGAUUCCAUGGAUUCGGAGGAACGGCGUGAAAUGUUGGAAAAUGAAAUACCCGUUGAUGGUGAAUCCAUUGGUAGUCAUACCACCGACGAUGAGGAUGCCGGCGAUGAAGAGGAAAGUGAAAACGAUUCAUUUAUUGUGUCGGAUGAUGAGGAAAUCGACGGUGGUGAGGAUCUUGAAGCCAACACCGAUAGUGAUGAUGAAGACGAGGAGGAGGAGGAUGGUGAGGACGCUGAUGAGUUGGUGGAACAUGGCAAGGAGAGCAAAAAACGUAAAGAUAAAAAGAAAUCCUAUAAACGCAUACAACGACCCAAAGAUGACUCCUCUUCGGAUGAUGAUGAAGAGGAGGAGGCGAAGAAGAACCACAAAGGAAUGCCAGAAAAAUGUGAUGAAGAAGAUGAUGCUGAAAAGAAUUCUCUAAAUAACUCCAAGCUAAGUGAUUCUGCGCUACGCUUACAAGCCAAUGGUGAUGAGGAAGAUCAAACAUCAUCCUCCACUGACCAGGAUACCAACAAAUCACGUAAAGAGAUUUUACGUAAACUCAAUCAAUCGGAUCGUUUUAAUAAAUCGGUAAGGGAUUUAGAUCCGGAUGUUGAGGCCUCCCCGGAAAUUGAUAAGACUGGCGAUGAUGAAAGUCAUGAAAAACAUCGCCAUCAUCAACAGUCUUCAGAAGAAGAAGGAAAAGAAGAUGAAGAGGAGGAGGAGGGUGGUGAGGGUGAGGAAAGUGAAUCUAAAAUGGUUCAAAGCAAAAAUGAAAGUAUGCAUGUUAUGCGAGUAACCUCCGACGAAGAAGAUGAAAACGACGACGACGAAAAUGAAGAAGAAACCAAUGCCGAAGAUGAUAAUUAUGAGGAGGAUGAAGAAAUUGCCGAUGAAGGGGAUAAUGAUGAUUCCGACAUUCAAAAUGAGGACAAAGAAAAUGAUGGUAACAAGAAACAAACCAGCACCAAUAAAUUGAAACAUCACAAUCGUGGCUUGAGUGUUUCCUUUGGCCAUUUUAAACCCCAAAAGAAAGACUCCUUGCAGAAACGUGUACUGCAGCGUUCAUUUACCAUUGGUGUACGCAUAAGUGGUGGUGAAGUCGAUACGGCAGUUAUUGAGGCUAAACCCUGUAUAGACGGAUCAAAUGCUUCCACAAAUCCUUCAUCCUCCUCCUCCGCAUCAUCGGCCAAUGAGGAAACCGAUGAUACCACCACCGGUGUGUUAAGCACCGAAGAUAUUCGUUAUUUGGAAAAUUAUAAACACAUGCCUUUGGGUAAUCCUUUGGUACGUACCCGACGCCAAUCAUUGGCUAUGCCCUCCAACCCCGAACUGGAAUUGUGCAACUCUUCGCUGGGUAUUGCGGUGCCAGCCAAAAAACCCAAACGUAAAAGUCUGGCGGUACUCUCUGGCAAUGAAUUUAAUCCAUCACAAUCAUUUGUUCAUAGCUUGGAAUUGCGCAAGGCUGAAUAUGAUCGUCAAUCGGCUAAACGUAAACGUUUAUCGAAAAGUUUUUGUGCCACCUCGGAAGGUGGUCUACUCGAUGCCAGUAUAAUUGAUUUAGAUGCUCGCCAUCUACAUAAGAGAUCCAAAUUGUCACUGGAUAGCAGUUUGCUGGUCGAUUCUUUGGAAAAUCUAAACCACUCGAAGGUGGCAAAUAGUUCGAAGGUUAAACACAGUUCAACACCGCACGAGAAGAAGAAGUCCAACGAAAAGAGUGAUACUAGUAUUAGACGCAUUUUGAAUCGUUGUGAUGAGAUCUUGGAAGCCGCCAAUCGUGCCAAACUUGAGGCUAAAUUAAAUAAUAAAAAGAAUAAGAUGCCCAAAAAGAAUAAGAAAAAGGCAAAGCAACGUCUAUCUUCGUCACCGGAAUCCAAACAUGAACGUAUUUUUGCACCAUUGAGCAAAGAUUUUAAACGGAAAGAUAAAGUUAAAAGAGCGGCUGCUGUAAAGAAGGCUCUGCGUGCCUCUGCCAAUAUGAUAAUUGGCAAGCAAAUAAAGAUUGUCGAAGAAGACGAUAGUCAAGAAGAAAACAACAACAAUAAUAUUUGUACCAAAUCGAAUGCCAAUGAAAACCUUAAAGGCAGAUCAAAGAAAUUAAAGAAAACUCCUCUUGCCAAUGAUGCUGAUAAUGCUAAUGAACAUUGUAAAUUUCGAAAUUAUUCCACAUCGGCGGGUAGUGUCAUUGAAACAAUGCGUACACCGGAAAAGAAAAAGAAACCCAAAGUCAUUCGUUUGGCUACGGGAAAAGUGUGCGUUGAACCCAUAACACCCAUCAAACGUACCAUUCAUACAUGCCAGGGUAUGGAAUUUCAUGAAAGUCCCGCCACUCCAUAUGGUUUCAAUAUUGAAUUUUCUGCACUCGAUACACCACAUUUUGCCAUGGCGGCAAAAGAUCGCAAACGUAAACGUCAAAACGUGGAGGAGGCAGGAGGCAAAAAGAAAAUAUUCCCCAAACCCCAAUGGACACAAUCGGGUAUGUUUGUUGAAGAGGAAAUACCGGGGGCUAGGGCAGCAGCGGCAGCACAAUUGGCACGUGCUUUUAAGAAGCAGCAACAGAACAUGCCGCCUCAAUGUAGCAGCGGUUAUAAUUUCAAACAAAAUGCUCUAUUCCGUGCCGAUAUUAAACGCAGUUCGGCCCGUGAAAUGCUGCAGUUACGAGAACGUCGACCACUUCACAGCAAUUAUUAG